GGGAGCAGAGAGUGCCGAGGGAUCAGAUCAUGCCGAAUGGCCGCAGUGGGCAAGACAAGGACAUAGAAAUGGCACCCCCAAAUCGAUCCAUCGGUCCCUGCGACGCUGUCAUCCAACUCGGACAGAAGUUUGUAUCCAAUUUGGAGAGCGUGGAUAUAAUUCAUGGGUGUCCAACCAUCGCAACGAUGCGGACUCAACAGCGCAUAGCGGAUGUCAUAGAGCGAUAUGACGCGCGUUGGAAAUGCUGGAGGAGCGAAGCGAUAAAGACAGUGGCCUUGGCAAGUCAAUGUCAGCUGUUGCGGAGGACAAACAAGAAAUGAUUCCAGUGCUCACGCGUGAGAUCUUCUAUUGUUCACCGGCCCUCGCCUGCUCCGGCUGCGGUCGGACAUGGUCAACCCGUUCAUCUUGGAGAGGUCUCCGUCUAUCGUGAUGUUUCCACAAACAAAAUUACGUUCGCGAGAAAGAAGACCUUGCUGGCCUGCAUCAUGCCCUUGAGGCCCUGUGUCAGUGUUUGGACCUGUG